GCUCCGAGAAUCGGCUGAAGGGAGACGCCUGCCUGGUGCUCAGGAUGCGGGAAGCAGCAUCCAUGUACUUCUCCCUGCUCGCCGUCUUCUUGGUUUUUCUGGUGGUGGCCCUCCAAGGCACAGAGCCAAGAGAAAGCUUCCCAUACAAGGUGCCCCUGGACCCUCAGGGCCUCCUGGAGCUCUCCUGGAACAUCAGCUAUCACCUGGAAGAGGUGCAUUUCCGGAUUGUGGCCAAGGAGCUGAAAUAUGGCUUUCUUUUUGGCAUGUCAGACCGUGGAGGCUUUCAGGAGGCAGAUCUGGCUGUCCUAUGGAGCGAUGGGGUCCAGUUCUAUUUUGCGGAUGCCUGGAGUGACCAAGACACACAGCUGCACAUGGACGCCCAGCAGAACUACCAUCUCCUGGGGGCACGGAGAAUUGGCGGAGGGCUCUCCCUCCUCUUCAAGAGGCCCUUUGCCACUUGUGAUCCAAAGGAUUAUCUGAUUGAGGAUGGAACUGUGCAUCUCAUUUAUGGCAUUUUGGAGAAACCAGCUUCGUCCCUCCAAGCCAUCAAUGUUUCUGCUCUGCUCCGGAAGGGACUGCAGCGGGUGCAACUUCUGAAGCCCAAGAUCAGAGUUCCCCCACUGCCUGGGGACCUGAAGACCAUGGAGAUCCGAGUCCCAGAUGUGACCAUUCCCCACCAGGAGACCACAUACUGGUGUUACAUGACCGAACUUCCAGACGACUUUGAAAAGCAUCAUAUUGUCAUGUAUGAGCCGGUGGUCACAGGCGGGAACGAAGCCCUGGUCCAUCACAUGGAGGUCUUCCAGUGCAGCCCCCACUUCCCAGCCUUCCCACACUACAGCGGCUCCUGCCACUCCAAGAUGAAGCCGCAGCGCCUGAACUUUUGUCGACACGUCUUGGCUGCCUGGGCAAUGGGUGCGCAGGCCUUUUACUACCCCGAAGACGCAGGGCUAGCCUUGGGGGGUCCCGGCUCCUCCAAAUAUUUGCGCCUGGAAGUCCACUACCAUAAUCCGCUGCUAUUCGAAGGCCGCCGCGACUCCUCCGGGAUCCGACUCCAUUACACGGCCUCCCUCCGACAGUAUGACGCAGGAAUCAUGGAGCUGGGACUGGUCUACACGCCCGUGAUGGCGAUUCCCCCUGGCGAAAGCCAAUUCUCCCUCACUGGCUACUGCUCGGACAAGUGCACCCAGCUGGCUUUGCCACCUGCCGGGAUUCACAUCUUUGCUUCUCAGCUCCACACCCACCUGGCCGGGAGGAGUGUGGUGACCAUGCUGUCCCGCGAAGGGAGAGACCGGGAAAUUGUCAACAGGGACAGGCACUAUAGCCCCCACUUCCAGGAAAUCCGCAUGCUGAAAAAGGAGGUCUCCGUCUACCCGGGCGAUGUGCUGAGAACCACCUGCGUGUACAACACAGAAGACAGGAAUGAGACGACAGUGGGAGGAUUUGGAAUCAUGGAAGAGAUGUGUGUGAACUACGUCCAUUACUACCCCCAGACGGAGCUGGAGCUGUGCAAAAGUGCCAUCGACCCGGGAUACCUGCACCGCUAUUUUCAGCUUCUGGACAGAUUCAACGAUGAAGACAUCUGCACAUGCCCAGAUGCCUCAGUCACAAGGCAGUUUUCUUCCGUCUCUUGGAACCUGUUCAGCAGAGAAGUCCUGAGAGCCCUUUAUGACUCUGCUCCAAUUUCCAUGCACUGCAAUAAAUCCUCUGCUGUCCGGUUUCCGGGUGAAUGGGAAAAGCAGCCUUUACCGAAAAUCACCCAAGUAUUGCCCAUGUCAGCGCAGGGCCACUGCGAAGAUCAUAGACCUCUGGGCCCCACCCAUGUCAAAUUAGAAAAGGCUCAGUGAGACGGAGGCUGCCCUUGGGCCUCUUUCGUCCCUCCCCAGCUCUGCUUUGUUGGUACUUCAGAUCUGGAAAGCUUUGUUUGGGGAGGAGAGGAAUUGCCAUGCCCUCCUUCCAGCGGCUGUGCUCUCUGAGCAGCCAGACAGAAGCCCUGGCAGCCGAGGGAGGGCUCUGAUCUGCAGUCAGCUGGAUUUCACCUGUCCUGCCUUGGAAAUCGUUGGGGAAGCCUGCAGCACCUUAGCCGGAGUGGGAAUUGCUCUUGCAUAUGCUGUAGCCAUCUACUAUGCAUGUGGCAUCUUCAGGCAUGCCCCCUUCUGGAAUGAGUUCCAAAAGGAUGUUCUCCUGUGGCUCUGCGAUGGAGCAUAUUCUUGCCCCCCCCGUUCCUCAGUUCCUGCUUGCUGGAAUUCCUUCACUCACCUGCAGAUGCCUUGGCCAGCCCAUCUUCUCCUUCCCUGUUCCUUGGAUACUUUGCUUUCCCCUCACAAUUGACUCCAGAAUCACAUUCCAAUAAAGGCAGUAAUUAAGGUGUC